UGUUUGGAUAAAAUUGACCAUUGAACUCGUAAAUCUUGUUGAAACUGCAGUUAAGGAGGGUUUUCGGUACCAUCAUGCUGAGCCGCACUACCUCAUGCUUGUUUAUUGGAUUCCUGAAAUUAAUGAUACUCUACCUGCAAAUGCAUCACACCGACUAGGUGUUGGUGCUAUUGUUUUGAAUGAUAAAAAAGAGAUGCUUGUAGUCCAGGAAAAGAGUGGCAGGUUCCAAGGAGCGGGGGUGUGGAAAAUCCCAACUGGAGUCGUUGACGAGGGUGAAAAUAUAUUUGUAGCUGUCGUAAGAGAAGUUAAAGAAGAAACAGGAAUCGACGCAGAAUUUCUGGAGAUUUUAGCAUUCAGUAAAUGGGUUGGGGAUAAUAUUCCUAUUAAGCAAGUGAUUAUCUCGCUAAUCUGGUCCGGCUCCAAUGGCUGUGACUCUGCUACUUUGAACUUCAAAUGUUGUGACACAUUCUUCGUUCUGCUACCUUUAGGCAAGCACACAAGACCCCUUGAGAAGUCGGAUCUAAUCUUCUUGUGCAUGCUGCGUCCUCUAACCUUUGACAUCCAAAAGCAAGAACUGGAGAUCAAGGCGGCCAAGUGGAUUCCACUUGAGGAGUUUGCAGCUCAACCAGUCACCCAGAAACAUGAGCUCUUCAAGUACAUUCGUGAACUUUGCUCGGCAAAGUUAGACAGAGAAUAUGCUGGAUUUUCUCCACUGCCUAUAACAUCAGUUUUUGACCAUAAGUUGAGUUAUUUGUAUGUAAAUAGGCAGGAUAAGCAGUGCCUAUGUUCUUCUGAUCAGUGAUAGAUGCUUUGAUAAUUUUCUGUAACCUCUGAUCAGUCAUAGAUGCUUCAAUAAUUUUUGAUAAUUUAUAAUCUCUCUGUGUACGUUGCUCUAUUUUUGUUUUAUGUUUGUCACGUUUCUAGACACAGCACUCAUAGAACUCGCUUGGUCGCUAGGAUUUGAUGGGAAUAGAUAACUAUAUUCAAAGUGAAAGUGGAAUAGGAAUUGAUACAUUCAAUCCAAUUCAGGAGACCAAAUGAAGAGUGAAGACAGAUAAUGAUGUAUAACACAAGUUAACAUGGUUUACUUACGGUGUUGGGAUCCUCCUCUGUAUGUGUCUAGAAACUUUAAAACACAAUGAGAUUGACGUUAUUUACAAUUUUGCCAUUUUUCACAAGAUAUUUUUUUUAGUGACUUAUCUGCAUAUCAUACAUUUAUUUAUUAACAUACUUAGGUGGGUAAAAUAUCAACAUUAUGGCUCAUUCAUGCUAUAACAUGAGUAUAUUAAUAAUUGUGAAUCGCACAUAAAGUUCCUUCUCUACAGCUAUAAGCACUAGCCCUAGUUC